AAAUUGAUACGCCGACACUGGCAUCCCGGCUCUGCAGUUACUUUCCAACAUCCGUACACGACGGUGGCAAAAGUGAAUUUGCGAGAAAUAUAUCUGUGAAAAAUAAGUGUUGCAGCUAUGGAGAUAGAGACUGCAAAUUGCAAGACGAAGGUAUCAGAGUGCAUAGACAACGUUGAUUUAGAACGAUUGUCUGUUGACAGACCGCUUAAACUUGACGUAGAAAUAACUGGAUUAGAUAAGCUGAUUGAGGAGUUGCACAAGGUGUUUUCGCACAGUCACGUCAAUAUACAGGAUGUUCAGAAACUGAUGCUUGGUUACAAAUCAGAUCCGAAGGACUGGCGAAAGUACGCGAAAUAUGACCGUUUUAGGUAUACGAGAAACCUGGUUGACGAGGGAAAUGGGGCUUUCAAUAUCAUGAUCCUCUGCUGGGGUCCAGGACACGCGUCAGCUAUCCACGACCAUGCAGACUCGCAUUGCUUCAUGAAGCUUUUAAGUGGGAGCUUAGAGGAAGUCAGGUAUGACUGGCCGGACAACGUCCAACCCGAGGUCAUAAAGAAGAUGAAACGUAAAGCGAAAAGAUGCUGUUUGGAGAGUGAAGAUUUAGAAAAAUCUGACGCAAAAUACACUAAUGGAGAUACCGGGAACUGUCAGAUUGAUGGAGAUGAUUUCGAUGAGUUCAGAGAAAACUAUGACAUAAAGAGUAUGAAAGAAGUCGGAAGGACCCGAAUGGAAAUUGAUGAUGUCUGUUAUAUAAAUGAUGCCCUAGGCCUGCACAGAAUGGAGAAUCCGUCACAUGUAGACGGUGCUGUGUCUCUACAUUUGUAUUGCCCACCGUUUAAGAGUUGCAGGGUAUUUGACGCACAUACAGGCAAACCUACUGAGGUCAAAGUCACUUUUUGGUCUAUGUAUGGAAAGAAGAUUAAGAGAGUCUUGGAAGCGAGCGAUAUGGUUGAUGGUCAACAAUGAUUUACAGAAACGAUUUAAUUCGUAUUAUGAUAUUUCUAUAUUUAAGGAUUGAUAUUAUAUAAAAUAAAAUAGUCCCCAUUGCUUAUAAUUCACAUUUGUGUAUAUUUUUAUUAUUUGUAUAUAAUAUUUUAUCGCGAUCAUAAAAUAAUAAAUUUAAAAUAAUCUAUGUAGGUUCUCUAUUAUCUAUAAGUUAUGGUUUGCCGAUGCCAUGUUGACAGUUUGGAGAGUUUGGUUUCGAGUUUGAAAAUCUAUCAGGGAGUUAGUUAAACGGCUAGGCUGUUAAUUGAACGGCUAGUUAGCUGCAACAGGCUUCUCAAUAAAGAACUAUUGUUUAAAGCUUUGUUUCAGCUGUACCAGAGUCGUUAAUUAAAGAUUUAAGACCCUGUAUAAUCUGGCCUAUUGUGCUCUUUUCAAUAAAGUAUUGUAUACGAAA